GUGGGGGUGGGCGCCGGAAGGCAUAUUAGUUAUGUGAUAGAUGUGAUAUUUGGAACUUCUCCCCCUCCGUGAGCCUUCUACAUGCUGAACGUCACAUGUGAAUUUCACGAACCUUGAUCAAAUCGCCCCAGGCGCCUUCACCGUCGUCCAAGUUGAAGCCUCUUGCCGAAAAAUUAAAGUGUCGAGCUGAGUGGGCUCUCCGCUCGGUCCCAGGCCGGAGUGACUGGGUGUGACCGGGUCGACUGCGACCAUGUCGGCCCCGGCGUCUCGGCCUCACUCGCCGGAACAGCCGCCGAGUCCGGCCGACAGCGCCGAGGGCGAGGACCUCGGGCCGCCGCAGACUGCCCUCUUCCUGCGCCAUGUGUCCCAAACGACGCGGCGCGCGCACUGCGCCGCGCUGGACCACCUGUACACGCGCGACUGGGCGUGGCGUUCGGACGGCGGGCCCGCUCAGCAGGCCCGGCUGCUGCUCGUCAACCCCAUCAGCAGACCGGCCCGUGAGAGUACCCACAUUGACGUGGAGACGGUGGACGAGCCUGAAAACCUCACCGAGGCGGACGAGGCUAAGGCUACGGCCGCCAUGGACGAGUGUCAGGAGCACGUGGCGUCGGCGCGGGACGUGUCCGACGACCUGAUCGAACAGCUCGACCAGUCGUCGUGGAGCGCGCCGCGCCGCCAGCUGCUGCGCCGGCUGCUGGCGGCGCUCAGCAGCUACCAGCUGACCCGGCGCGCCGUGCUCGGCCGCCGCGGCGCCGCCUUCGUAGCGCGCGUGCAUGCCGACCGGUGUGCGGCGCGCGUGCGCCGGGCGCUGGCGGCCGUGGGCUGGCAGCGACAGCUCUGCCAGUGGCUACACACGCUGCUGCUGCAGAAACUGGGCAAGGACAUGCUGGCGCUCUACCUGGAGGUGCUACAGACGCUGACCAGUAAGGUCCCCUCUCUGGUGACCCGGCUCACGCCGUCGUCGGGCUCGGCGCGCCACGGCCCGCUGUCGGCAGAGGCGCUGGCUCCGCUGCUGCGCCGGCCCUGGGACCCGGCCGCGCACCUCGUCAUCCAGCACAAGCCGAAGCGUCUUCCGAACAACCCGCUUCUGGUGCUGGUGCCGUCGUCUCCGUGCCACGGCGGUGACGGCUACGGCACCAGCCGACUCGACUUCUGGCACCGGCAGCUCUCUGCGCUGGGCAAGGUGGUGGCCAUCAGCGAGUGUGAGGGCGGCGCGCCGGCGCGAGGCAUCUCGGUCAGUGAGAGCCUCUCGCACAUCCUGUCGGCGUGUCGCCAGCAGGUGUCUGAGCUGCGCCGGCCCGGCCGGCCGCUGGUGCUGCUCGGCUGGGGCGCCGCCGGCCUGGUGGCCGCCCACCUGGCGCUGGUCGAGCCCGUCAGCGCCGUGGUGGCGCUGGGCUUCCCCUACUGGUCGCCGGCCGGCCGGCGCGGCGAGCCCGACGAUCCGCUGCUCGAGCUGCGCGCCCCCUCCCUGCUGCUGGUCGGACAGGCGGCCGCCGACGCCGCGCCGCACGAGCUCGAGCUGAUGCGCGACCGGAUGCGCGCCGACACGGGCCUGGUGGUGGUGGGCGGCGCCGACAGUCGGCUUCUGGUGAACGGCGGCAAACUGCAGCGGGAGGGGCUCACACAGAGCAUGGUCGACCGAGCCGUGCUGGAGGAGAUCUCCGGGUUCCUGUCGGGUAUUCUGGCCGAACAGGUGGACGGCCAGCGGCCCAUGUUCUCCCGGCCGCCGACGCCGCCCCAGCAGCGGCCAGAGAUGCCGAGCAAGGCCCAGCCGCGCGAGAAGCGUCGCAAACCGAUCGGCGCGGCGGCCGCCUCCCCGACCGCCGCCGCCCAGCAGUCAGCCAAGCGGAGAGGGGACCGACCGCCGAGAUCCGCGACCCGGCCGAGAAAGCAUCGUCCACGACCGCCCGAGCAGGAGUCGCCGCCGCCGCCGCCGCCGCCGCCGCCGCCGCCACCGCCGCCUCCUCCGCCCCCGCCGCCGCCGGCCGCCCCCGCCCCCGCCGGAGGGGACGACUCGCUGUCGGAUGCACCCAUCAUCGACUUGAUCCAGGAGCCGGACCCGGAGCCGGAGGUGGUCGUGGUGACGCCGGAGCCGGAGCGGUCGGCCGCUCCGGCGCCUGUCCACAACUCUGUCAAGCUGCUCACCACGCCUCCGUACAUGCCGAGCCAGUCGUACUCUGGCCAGCGGCCGUCGCGGGACGGCGGAUGGUCGCCGGCUGCCUAUCCGUUCGGCGGAGGCGGCUUCCGCUCCCGCUCGGGCCGGGCCGGGCGGCUGAAAGUCACCCAGCGGCCGGACACAGGCGCCACCGGCGGCACGGCGGGCCCCGGCCGACUCAGAGCGCGCGGCCGCGGCCGGUCCCGCCUGCCGCAGUACGGCGUGGCGCACGACUUCGGCGUGCCGGGCUCGCUGCUGCCCCCGUCCAGCGGCCCCGACCGGCUGACCGGCGCCGCGAUGGCGGGCGGGUCUGCUGCCGCCGGCCGCGCCCACACCGCCGGAUCCGGGCUGCGCUCCCCGAGUCACUCGCAGCAGGUGGUCUACGUCCAGUCGCCGUCGGGCGUGGUGCGCGCCUGUGCGCCCAGCCCGCGCCUGGCGGUGCCCACAGCGCGCGCUGCGACGCCGGGCGUCCCGGCCGAGCGCCGGCUGCUGCCUGGCCCCGGGCGCGGACCCGCCGUCAGUCGCCAGGUGGUGGUCACACGCGGCCGCUCGCGCACCGUCACCUACGUGCCCAGCGCGCGGCCGGCGCAGCACCAGUUGGCCGCCGGGCCGGGCCCGCCGCGCUAUGUGCGCUCGGCGCUGUACCCGCGACCGGGUCAGCCGGCGCCGCGACGGGAGGGCGCCGCCGCACCCCCGACACCGGGCGCACGCGACUGAGACAGGGGUCGGAGCGGUAUACCGUGUGAGCGGCCCGGCCCACGAACACGGUAACCCGAUGGUAAUGGGCGGGGAAUGUUUGUUAGGUGUUUGAAAAUGUCAAUUUUGUGAGAUGCGGCGGCGCGCUUAGGUAACAUAUUUUUCUGUCUGCGCCAUCGUAAUACAUUUUUUUGCGUUUCCUUCUUUUUAACGAAACAUUACUCCUCGCCAUCUACCGUUUUAAAAACGCCAUCAGACUCCUGAGUUGUCCACUGAGUCCUAGGCUCGACAUAAGUUCUCUGUGUUUAUUGUUCGGAUCGCGUGUAUCA